CUUCAGUGUGGUAGCGGAUUUGUUUCCUCCUCAGCUCUCAUUCAGAUCGCGUACAUGGGCAUGUUGCAGGCCGCUCGGUACGGGCCGCUCUCACCUCAUCGUGAGGCGUAGUCAAGCCACCGGCGCUUAUUCAAGAUGGCUGCACGUGUUCAGGCUAUUCUCGAUCAUAUCAGCGGCGUGGCUUCAGAUCGAGUCGUUGCAGACUCAAUACUUGCGACUAUAUUGGUUCUUGGGCUCUCAAACGUUGCAGUAUCGGCCACAGGACAGAAAGCUAUCUUAGCCAUAGCGACGACGGAAUCUGCCAAGCUCCUGCUGGAGAAGUUGGCACCGAUCCUUCACAAUGUAUACGAGAAGGCUGGCCCUUCAUUUCGAGAAGCCUAUGAGAAGGCUCUUGCCGCCGCGGAGGCCAUUGAAGGUUUCACGAGCGAUCACCCCGUAUUUUGUACAAUCAUUGCGCUUGGCGUGUUGUACCUCUUGGCCCCGCAGCUUGCCCAUCUGUUGGGCUUCAUGCUAAAGGGUCCGGCACCAGCUUCGUUUGCAGCAAAAUGGCAAUCGAUGUACGGUGGUUCCGUGUCAGAAAAGUCGCUCUUUGCAUACCUGCAGCGUCUGGGCAUGACUUAAGUGACUUGGUGCCAUAUAUCAUUGUCUUUCAGGAAAUGAUUGAUGAUGCAGAUACUUCUCAACAAUUCCGUUGUGGGUAAUAUGAUACGAGCGAACGGCAAGAUGCGACGUGCAAGGAGGCGGGGAACUAGCAAGUCCAUCCGUACACUUUGGGCAGAAGCAUGGCGUGUGUGUAUAUGGUCGGGAUGAUCUGAAUAUAGACAUGCGCGACGUAGGUACGGAAUGGUCGGAAACC